CCAGCUCCUUGUACAGUACUUGCGCUUCUACCAUACUGUAGCCCCCAACUCAGCCUGCAUACCUAGGUACUUAGGCAACACAAGUAGGUGUUGGUGUGUAUGUGCAUGCGGUACAACCCACGUUCGAGCAUGACUUAUCGCUACUCUCGCAAGGCUCUAAAAAGAUCAAUGUCGCAGGUCAUAGCAGUGUUAGCUCUCCAUUCUUGAAAAUAUUACGGCGGUUUUGCACGAUAUCGUUACACACACGAAUUCGACAGAUAUUUGACAAGGCGCAUCAACCCUCGGGCUUUUGAAAUCUCCAACAUUUUCAGCCUUCAAAUUUCGCAGCAUCGAGCCUAGAGAUUCUCCUGUAAAUCUUAGCUGGGCCGGGUAUCUAUCAAAUCCUCGCUACCGAUUUAUUUUCGAUUUUUCUACGGCCACCAUGACUUCUGUGCCUUCUAAUAUAGACCUGUCCCAUAUACCCCUGUUGCCCGCUCCCCCGGGAGAAGUGACGAACUUCGUGAACCCGCCAUCCAUUUCCUGGGCCGGGAGGUUGGCUAUCUACCUAACUCUACCAAUCAUGGUUAUCGCAUUUAUUCUGCGUUCGUUCGUACGUAUUCGGAACCGGCAAUUUGGCGCAGAUGACUAUCUUCUAUCUCUUGGGGUUGCCUCUGCUGUCUCUUUCUGUGCUGUUAUCUUACCUAUAUUCAACGAUGACAUUUUGGGACGACACGCAUGGGACAUUCCCGUUUCCGAGAUCCAGCCGUGGUUUUUCCAGUAUUCCACAGUCGUAGCAUGUCUCUACAAUAUGAGCGCCAUGUUCACCAAAAUAUCGAUACUAACGUUAUACUUCCGUGUCUUCCACCCGUCAGACUGGGCGAGAAAUUUCAUCUGGCCCGGUAUCGCCAUGAUUUCGAUAGGUUAUCUAGUCCUCACGUCGGCCAUACUCUACUACUUGAUACCGCAUAAAGGAGAUGGGGGUUGGGGCUCAGAUGCGAAUAGACAACGCGAAGGUGUUCCAUCUCGAGUCAUCGACUUUACGUCGGGUGUCUUUAGUGCCUUUUCCGACUUAUACGUCCUUACGAUACCUACUUUCGUUAUUGCAGGGCUCAAUUUACAGCCGAAAAAGAAGAUUGGGAUCGCGUGCAUCUUUCUUACCGGUCUCUUAUCCUGCGGCUGUUCGAUAACAGGCCUAGUAUUCAGAUACCGCGCCCUUGUGUAUACGGUAGAAGACAACAGAUGGCUUUCAGUUAAGUUUGAAGCCCUAUGCGUCGCCGAGCUCAACAUCGGAAUUUCAUGUGCCUGCAUCCCAGUUUUCUUCGUAUUAUUCAGGUCAUUUAUGCAGAGAACUGAAUCUGGAUUCGAUUACAUGAGAAGAUUCCUAAGUCCUCGCCAUAGUGUGACGGCCAAUGCAAGUGGUGUGACGGUAGAGCACCGCCCAGAAAUCUCGCUGCGGAUCCCAAAGGGUACAUUAACUGGACUUCAAUCAAUUUUCCGCAAAGCUGGCCGAACCCAGAGUAAAAACAUGGACGGAGUGAAUGAUGUGUUGGCAUCUCAAUAUUUGGAACUUCAGUCAAUCGAUUACGACUACCAUGCGCGGGCAAGGCAGGAUUCGCGUGUGGUAACAAGUCAUUAAUUGAAAAUAAGAACCAGCUUUAAGGCGCCAUCUAAGGCUUCUCUAGGUUAAGAAAAGCAAGAUGAGUGGGAAUAACAUGCUCUUGUUUUAUCUCGGUAUCAAAGCAGGUGGUUUUAUUUUUGGAAGUUGUUUGCUGAAAUUUGCAUUUCUUUGUUGCCUACUGUUAAGACACCUAUAACAUCCUGAUAAGAAGCCAUCAUUAACACAUAUAUAAAUAAAAGUUAAUAAAGCCAUUAAAAACAUUAUAAAUA